AUGAACAUGUUGUUGGUACAUGAUCCUGAUAAUGAUACAAAGACUAUAAUAUUGGACAUCAUUAAGAGUGGCUCAACAGACUUGGUUAACGCAGUGCGAAGUGUAUCCGACAUAUUGGAGAGUGGAUGCCACCUCCAAGCUGAUGACAUACUCUGGGCCGUCAACCACGGCGACGAACACUUUGUACAACUUAUACACCAACUUGGCCUGUGUACCGGGAUGUCUCAGAACCAAUCAAUUGAGCUCACUUGCGCCGACAUCAAGCUCAGCAUGGUCGAGAUGCUCCACAAACUUGGCAUACUCAAUCAUGAAGGCAUUCGCUACACAGUCUUCCGCACCAGCUUCAUGUGUGACAGCACCGACACCAUCAAGUAUCUCAUGGACAACACUCAGCCGGGCACCAACAACAAACAUGUCGGGCAGGUGAAGGAGGGCGUCUUUCAUUGUGCCACACAUGGUUACCUGGCCACUCUCAAAGUUCUCAUGCAGUUUCCUGAUGCGAGAGACUGGGACUACAAGCAACCGAUCAGAUGCGCAGCUCGGAGAGGACAUGUUCACAUCAUUGAGUAUCUUCACUCAUUUGGCCCGACCCGGAUCCCAAGUGAUGGAUUUCUCCUCAAUGAUUUGAUAGGCACGAUACACAAUGGCGAGAUCGACCAGCUACAGGCAUCCCAGUAUCUCUAUCGAAUGAACACCGAUGCAUUCACGGGCGCCCUAAAGUCGCGUGAUUACCUCAGAGCGGACGCCAUUCUCGACGCCCACCCUAAUUCCUUUGGUGAGGACUCUCCAGUCUGGAGCAACAUCAGCUUGAAACAGUGCAGGUACUUUGCGACGCGUCGCCCCAACAUUCCACGUCGCAUCGGUGUCUGGCAGCUCAAUUACAUCAUCAAGUAUGUUAAAAAAGGCAAGCUGACCGUGAACGAGGCCGUCACCUUUCUCAGCAAAUGCCCUCAAGUUGGAGGCUAUCAUUAUCUCGCUCCGGAGUUUAGCGAACCAGUGGUUGUGGCGGCUGGCAUCUCACUACCUCUCAUGCAGGAGCUCAAUAGGGUCAGCAAUGAAUCAUAUGAUGGAUAUUGUCUGGCACGAUCAAUCAAGCGAUCAUGUUUCGAGACAAUGGAGUUCUUACUCAAUCAACCCGAUGGCUUUUAUAUUGAGCGAUCAAGUAUGCACAAGUCCAUGAAGGCAUUAAUGACAUCUGGCUCAAUCAAAGCGAUAUCCCUCAUUAAGGAACGUCUUCCCAACGAGCUGCAACCACUCCAAUGUGCCUAUGCCGUUCGUAACACAUUGGAGGUGUUCCUACAUGUGAUGCACAUGCAUUCACCUGAAUCAUUGACCAAGCAUUUGAGGUCAAUCAUCAACAAAGCGAUCAGAUAUGAUAAGCCAGACAGCUUGAGAGCUUUGAGAGAGUAUAUCAAUGAUGACCUAGUCGAGUUUCCAAUGCCCACUUUGUCCAAACUUCAAAAGGCAGCAGAGUCCAACUCAUAUCGAUCACUAGAGUACAUGUUUGUUACAAGUCCAUCGUCAUUCCAAACCCUUUCAAAUGGUCAACUGCUCAGAUCACUGCACACCAUCAAUCAAACUGCAUUCGAUUGUGGACUAACACGCAUCAUUCAAAUGUGUGCCAAACUCAUCCCAUCCACCAAACCAGAUAAUGAUCAUGUGAGUGCUAUCAAGACUCCAGAGGUGGCGACAACAGGAUCAUCGUCAAAGAUACACUUGGUUCUUACUGAUGCUAAGCUAUCCUCAAUCAUAUUUGGACAUGUUGGAAGGAUACAUAGGACUUGUUUGAUGAUUGAUGAGUCCAACUUGAUGAAAGGACGUCAGCUUUGGGACAGCCAAUCACUAUUAUCUUAUAUCAAGUUUGGUGCCAAUAGUUGGGUCGCCAAGUCAUUGGACGACUUGAUGUCCCAUCCAUUAGCAACAAGAUCAAUCAAUCAUCAUUUGGUCAAGGCAGCACUUGUCCAUCACAACUAUCAUGCUUUGGUUCUUUUGCUCAAACAUCCAUCAAUGUCACUUGAUUAUAAGAACAAAGUCACGACCAUAGUAACAGCAUUGCUUGGCUUGUCGUCGUGUGAUAAUCCACAUUGGUCAGACAUCUUGGACAUGAUCAUGUCGGUCACAUCCAACGAACAGAUAAUCAUUGAAGGUGAUAACUAUUUGAUCGCAAUAGAGCAUCCUGAAUUCCUUCAAAGAUUGUUAUCACUUGGCGCCCGAGUCGGCUCCUUCUCCGACCAGUUCAACUUCCAACAUGUCAAAUGGAUCUCCAAGCCAUGGGCAGUGGAUAUGUUCCAAUUGAUGGACGUCAAUGAUAUGCUGAGUAUAAUCAACAAAAACACAUUGCUUGGAAAGGCACUCAAGAGGAGCGCAACGGGCCUGGUGCAAUACAUCAUCAACGAGCAAUCCUUUGGCGAUAUGGCCCAUCAAAUUAAGAUUGGUCACAAUUUAGUCCAUAGAUGUUGUAAAGGUGGACACAUUGAGAUGCUCAACAUCCUGUUGCCACACAUCCCUUUAAGGCAACUAACAGCUGGCUGCAGGGUUGCCCUUCAGUAUGGACAUAUCGACUUGUUGGAGGCACUUCUGGCACAACUUCUGGUCACGGAGUUCGAUACAAAGAAUGAACCACUCAAGAUUGAUUGUAUCCACCAAAGUGUUUUAUCGAUCACAUUGUUGAAGAGUCUGAUGGCCCUGCCCCAGUUAUUCAAAUGCACGUUCAGUCUAGUCAUGUCUGAAGCCAUUGUAAUUGGAGACAGGACUGUCAUCGACUUUUUGGACAACCAAAUCAAUGAUGAAUGUCCAAUCAGUACAAACUACUGCCACGCAAUGAGCACUGCAGCCUAUGUUGGAGACACGAUCACAAUGAGGAUGAUUAUGGACUCGAACAGAAUCUACUUGCCUAUGCCAAACAAGAUAUCAAUUGGUCUUGGCAGAGAGGAGUUACCGUGCAUGUGGAAUGGGGUGCGUCCAGAAAUUGCAGAGAUGAUCGUCAAGAACCUCCAAGCAAAGAGUCGGUCCAUCACUGUAGGUGACUUAAACAACAUUGUGGAUGCAGUCGAUUGGCCUGGCACCAUGAUGACUGAGAAGGUCGUGGUAGCAUUCAUCAACACAUGGUCUGGAGUCAGAAUUCCAAAUGGCACUCGUCUCUCACAGACCUUUCAUAGGCUUGCUACAUCCGGGUCAUUGGCGAUGAAUAAGCUUAUCGAGAGCAAUGAUAUAUUGAUUGAAUUGAUCUCCAAGCACAUCAAUUGUCAAGACAUUGUCGAGGUCAUCUGUCUACUGGUAUCACGUGGACAGUAUCAAUAUGUUGGUAAUCUCAUUCAGUUGGCCGUGUCCAAGAGUGAUUCUAGCUCACCCUUGCCUGUGCUCAUCAAAAGCAUCCUCAAGUCGCCAAUCAUGGACCCAACAGUACUUCAACUACUGGUGGACAAUCAAUAUCUGGAUAUUCUGGUGGACAAACAAAGAUAUAUCCAAAGAGUGAUUGAUCAAGCAUGUGAGAGUGGUAAUCUCGAUGCGAUCAAGUACAUCCAUACCCAAUGGCCAUCAAUGCUACCAACACAGCACUCAUUAGGUCGGGCGGCCAAAAGGAACCACCUACCAAUCAUCCAAUAUCUAUUGUUUGAUUCGUCGUCAAUGACAUCCAACUCAGCGCUCAUUGUUCGAACUGUCAACUAUGCCAGAUACUCUGCCUUCAAGAAUGGCAACCUCAAAGUGAUCCAGCUUUGCGACAAGUUCGUCCUCGAGGGAAAGUAUGAUUGA